GAACUAAUAUAAAAUUGUUGCGUCACCAGCCCUAAUCGAUUUCCGCCGCCACGAAGAGCACAGUUACACCACGAACACCGCCACAACCCGUUCGACUAUUCUAGUCCGUCUGUCCCGUCCGAUAAAUCACCGCCGCGGUGCGCGUGAGCCGCAUAUAUUGCCGUUCCGGCGGAAAAAUCGUUUCUUUUAGAUUCCGGUAUAUGCCGGAACUUUGUCGCGGUGGUCUACGUUCCGGUUUCACUAACACCGUUCCGGCCGCUAUAGGCUUCUUUUUAUUUUACUGAGCAGUCAUUGUGUUUGUCAGAGAGUGUUAACAAGACAGAGCAAUGGCUGCUGCUUGUGAAAUUACAGCAGCAGAGUUCUUACGAGGAUCCCAUAGGCAAAAGCUAGUUUUGCCUAGGCAUUCGUCAAGGCAAACAAACAGUUUGCUCUGGGGUAAAAUACCAACAAAAAAUCCUUCAAUAAGAAUUUCUCGUGGAAAGAUUGGAUGCAGACCUCAUUCUAUAGGGAAGAUCAAUGCAGUGGUCUCAAGGGAUGUAGUCAAUCCCGUAAGCGAGGACUCUCGGAUGGGCAGGAAAGUUGCUGAUAAGGUCAUGCAUUUUUAUCGAAUCCCGUUGAUUCAACAAAGUGCAACAACGGAGCUUCUCAAAUUGGUUCAGACCAAAGUCUCAAACCAAAUAAUCGGUUUGAAGACCGAGCAGUGUUUCAACAUCGGGCUAGACGGAGACCUUCCGAACGAGAAACUAGCUGUGCUUAAAUGGCUUUUGGGAGAAACAUACGAGCCCGAUAAUCUGGGAACUGAGAGUUUUCUCGAUGCAGAUGCAAAAGACAGUUCGACUCCUGUAAUUGUCGAAGUUGGCCCGCGGUUGUCUUUCACCACUGCUUGGUCUUCAAAUGCGGUAUCAAUUUGCCGAGCAUGUGGGUUGACCGAAGUCAGUAGGUUGGAACGAUCAAGGAGGUACUUGUUGUACGUCACUGCUGGAAGUGCGCCGUUGUCGAACACUCAAAUAAGCGAGUUUGCUGAGUUGGUGCAUGACAGGAUGACUGAGUGUGUUUAUACUCAGAAGCUCACAUCUUUCGAAAUGAAUGUGGUACCUGAGGAGGUCAGAUAUAUACCUGUCAUGGAGAAGGGUCGGGAGGCUUUGGAGGAAAUAAACGUCAAAAUGGGUUUGGCUUUUGACGAACAGGAUUUGCAGUACUACACAAAGCUCUUCAGGGAUGAUAUAAAACGAAACCCAACAAAUGUUGAGUUAUUUGAUAUUGCCCAGUCUAACAGUGAGCACAGCAGGCAUUGGUUUUUCACUGGGAAAAUUAUUAUAGAUGGUCAGCCGGUGGACGGUACUCUUAUGCAAAUUGUUAAAAACACGUUACGAGCGAAUCCUAACAACUCUGUUAUUGGUUUCAAGGACAAUUCCAGUGCGAUCAAAGGGUUUCCUGCAAAUCAAUUACGGCCAGUCCAACCAGGUUCAUCAUGCCCAUUAGACAUGACUGUUCGUGAUCUAGAUAUCUUAUUUACAGCGGAGACUCACAACUUCCCUUGCGCCGUGGCCCCGUACCCGGGUGCCGAGACUGGUGCUGGAGGCAGGAUUAGAGAUACACAUGCCACUGGAAGGGGAUCGUAUGUUGUGGCAUCUACAGCUGGAUACUGUGUUGGAAAUCUCAAUAUCGAAGGUUCGUAUGCACCGUGGGAGGAUGCAACAUUUACAUAUCCUCCAAACUUGGCUCCACCCCUUCAGAUUCUCAUUGAUGCUAGCAAUGGUGCAUCGGACUAUGGCAACAAAUUUGGGGAGCCUUUGAUUCAGGGUUACACAAGGACUUUUGGAAUGAGGCUGCCAAGCGGGGAAAGGCGGGAGUGGUUGAAGCCAAUCAUGUUCAGUGCAGGUAUUGGUCAGAUUGAUCAUACCCAUAUAACGAAAGGCGAACCUGAAAUUGGGAUGUUAGUUGUGAAGAUCGGAGGGCCGGCAUAUCGUAUAGGAAUGGGCGGUGGCGCUGCAUCUAGCAUGGUUAGUGGCCAAAACGACGCCCAGCUGGAUUUCAAUGCUGUGCAGCGUGGAGAUGCGGAGAUGGCACAAAAGUUGUACCGAGUUGUGCGUGCUUGUGUUGAAAUGGGAGAAAAGAAUCCUAUCAUUAGUAUUCACGAUCAGGGUGCUGGUGGAAACUGUAACGUUGUCAAGGAAAUAAUAUAUCCAGAGGGUGCUACUAUUGAUAUCAGGAAAAUUGUAGUUGGUGAUUACACUAUGUCAAUCCUGGAGAUAUGGGGAGCAGAGUACCAGGAGCAAGAUGCUAUUCUGGUGAAGCCCGAAAGUCGCAACUUUUUGCAGUCCAUCUGUGAAAGAGAGAGACUCUCAAUGGCUGUUAUUGGAACAAUUAGUGGUGAAGGGCGGAUUGUUUUGGUGGAUAGUUUAGCUAUAGAGAAAUGCAACUCAAAAGGACUGCCUACUCCACCACCUGCGGUCGACCUUGAGCUCGAAAAGGUGCUUGGAGACAUGCCUCAAAAAACUUUUGAAUUCCACCGCACAGUUAAUGCGAGAGAGCCACUCGAUAUUGCUCCUAGUAUAUCUGUUAUGGAUUCCUUGAAAAGAGUCCUGAGACUUCCUUCUGUCGCCUCAAAACGGUUUUUGACUACAAAAGUUGAUAGGUGUGUGACAGGUCUUGUAGCACAGCAGCAAACUGUGGGUCCCCUGCAAAUUACACUUGCUGAUGUCGCUGUGAUUGCUCAAAGCUAUACUGGCAUUACUGGCGGUGCAUGCUCGAUUGGGGAGCAGCCAAUCAAAGGUCUUUUGGAUCCCAAAGCUAUGGCAAGGCUGGCUUUAGGAGAAGCUCUUACGAAUCUUGUUUGGGCUAAGGUGACUUCUCUUGCUGAUAUUAAGGCUAGUGGCAAUUGGAUGUAUGCAGCCAAACUUGACGGGGAAGGGGCAGCCAUGUACGAUGCUGCCAUUGCACUUUCAGAAGCUAUGAUUGAACUUGGUAUUGCUAUAGAUGGGGGGAAAGAUAGUCUUUCGAUGGCAGCCCGUGCAUCCGGAGAAGUUCUCAAGGCUCCUGGAAAUCUCGUAAUCAGUGCUUAUGUCACUUGUCCAGAUAUAACUAAAACCGUGACCCCAGACUUGAAGCUUGGUGAUGAUGGUGUUCUCCUUCACAUUGAUUUGGCAAAAGGAAAGCGGCGGCUUGGUGGAUCUGCUCUUGCUCAGGUUUUCGAUCAAAUUGGGGAUGAGUGUCCUGAUCUCGAUGAUGUCUCCUAUCUUGGAAAAGUUUUCAACUCGGUGCAACAUUUAAUUGAUUUGGAGCUCAUUUCAGCUGGUCAUGAUAUCAGCGAUGGAGGAUUGUUAGUGACUGUACUUGAGAUGGCAUUUGCAGGGAACUGUGGCAUUAACUUGAAUUUGACUUCUAAGGAGAACUGUAGUGCUUCACAUAUGCUCUUUGCAGAGGAACUUGGCCUUGUUCUGGAGGUCAGUAAAAAGAAUCUUGAUGUGAUCUCUGGAAAUCUUUCCGAUGCUGGAGUAUCUGCUGAGAUAAUUGGUGAGGUGACCGCCUCACCGACAGUUGAACUGAAGAUUGAUGGUACGGUCCAUAUGAAUGAAGGGACAUCAGUACUCAGGGACCUGUGGGAAGAAACCAGCUUUCAGCUGGAAAAAUUACAAAGACUGGCAUCUUGUGUGGAGCUAGAGAAAGAAGGUUUGAGAAGUCGCCGUGAACCUUCAUGGAAGCUGUCCUUCACUCCAACACCUACUGAUGAGAAAUACAUGACCGCGACUUCAAAACCAAAGGUUGCAGUCAUUCGUGAAGAAGGAAGCAACGGGGACAGAGAAAUGUCUGCUGCUUUCUUUGCCGCUGGUUUCGAGCCGUGGGAUGUUGCAAUGUCCGACCUUCUCACCGGAGCAGUCUCGUUGCAAGAAUUCCGAGGCAUUGUAUUUGUUGGAGGGUUCAGCUACGCGGAUGUUCUCGACUCCGCAAAAGGCUGGGCAGCUUCGGUACGGUUUAACAAGCCUCUCCUGAAACAAUUUCAAGAGUUUUACGAACGGCCAGACACUUUCAGUUUAGGGGUUUGCAACGGCUGUCAGCUUAUGGCUCUCUUAGGGUGGGUCCCGGGUCCUGAAGUUGGAGGGGUUCUUGGGGAGAAAGGUGAUCCAUCACAGCCGAGGUUCAUCCACAAUGAAUCUGGUAGAUUCGAGUGCCGUUUCACGAGCGUUAAAAUUGAAGAGUCACCUGCUCUGAUGUUCAAAGGAAUGGAAGGGAGUACGUUGGGUGUGUGGGCCGCCCAUGGAGAGGGAAGGGCUUAUUUCCCCGAUGAUAAUGUUGGUGGCAGUAUUAUGAAGUCGAAGUUGGCUCCUGUGAGAUAUUGUGAUGAUGAUGGGAAUCCUACAGAAGUCUAUCCAUUCAAUCUCAACGGUUCACCGCUAGGCGUGGCGGCGAUUUGUUCUCCAGAUGGUAGGCAUCUUGCUAUGAUGCCGCAUCCAGAACGGUGCUUCUUGAUGUGGCAGUACCCUUGGUAUCCCAAGGACUGGAACGUUGAGAAGAAAGGCCCCAGCCCUUGGUUGCGCAUGUUCCAAAAUGCUAGGGAGUGGUGUUCGUGAGAAUUUGUGGUUCAUCGGACGAGUAUUGAGGGGAGCAUGUAGGAGGCUCUGAGUCCAACUCUUAGCAUUUUGAAUUUCCUUACAUAUUUUGGUUAGAGUGUAUUUCGCAAUAGAGUAUUUAGUACUUUUGAUCAUUUAUCAUGGAAACAUCUUAUGUAUUUUUAUUUUCUUUCCGAAAUUGGGAACGUAAUUUUGGUUUACACCUGGUUGUAUUAUUGAAUGAUUUGAUUUUGAUGUUUGGGAUUCAA